UCCUUUAUUCCAUCCCUCCGUUCUUAUCUCAAACAACUUCCUGUGCGUAGUGAUAUAGCUCAGAAAAAAAGAAAAUAAAUGGACAGCUAGAAUUAACUUUGAAAGAGGCAGAUCAAUUCAAAUUUAUUUCAACUGGGGGGAUUCCUGAUUCUCAAGAUUUUAAGCGAAUUAUGACUACCUCAAUCAUAGACGAAUCAGAGGUCUAUGGUCGAGCAGCUGAUAAGGAUGCUUUACGUAACCAAGUAUUAUCUGAGAGUAGUAGUAGUCAAGGAAGAGAUGGGGUUCAAGUUAUCUCUGUAGUAGGGGCUGGGGGUAGUGGAAAGACCACACUUGCUCAGCUGCUCUUCAAUGAUGAUAGAGUCAGAGUGAAGAACCAUUUUGAACUUACAAAAUGGGUUUGCGUAUCAGAUCCUUUCGAUGAGAGAAGGAUCGCCAGAGCAAUCCUUGAGAGUCCAGGAAAGAGUUCUCCUGAUUCGUCAGAGUUGGAACCACUGCUCCAACAGUUGAAAGAAACUUUUUCCGGUAAGAGAUUCCUGCUUGUCCUAGAUGAUGUCUGGACAAAGGAAGACUCAAAGUGGAAACCUUUCCAAUACUCUCUCAAGGAUGGUGCUCCCGGAAGUGUAAUAUUGGUGACAACUAGGAGUCUAGAAGUGGCCGCAGCGGUGGGAACAACUCAUACUCACCACAUGGCUCUGCUGUCCGACUCUGAUUGUUGGCUAAUAAUGCAAAGGAUAGCAUUUGGUAGAAGAUCAGAAGAGUGGUCUAAGAAAAAGGAAAGCAUUGGGCAGAAAAUUGCAGAAAAAUGUAAGGGGUUGCCACUUGCUGCAAAGACUCUGGGAAGCUUAUUACGGUUCAAAGAUACCGUACAACAAUGGCAGGAUGUUUUGGACAGUGAGAUAUGGCAAUUGAAGGAAGCAACUAUGGACCUUUUCCCUCAUUUUUAUCUAAGCUACAACGAGUUGUCCCCAGAGCAGAAAAGUUGCUUCUCCUAUUGUGCUGUCUUUCCCAAAGAUCAUGUGAUAAAUGUAGAAAAGCUUAUUAGGCUGUGGAUAGCACAAGGUUUUGUUCGCCCAAGACGAAGAGGCGAGCGCUUGGAACCGGUGGGCCAUGAGUACUUCAACAAUUUGGCAAUGCGUUCCUUUUUUCAAGAAGUACGAAAAGAGUCUGAUUUUCUGUUUCAUGAAUAUAUGGUGUGCAAGAUGCAUGACAUAGUGCAUGAUUUUGCACAAUUUCUCACAAAAAGUGAAUGUCAUGCACUUGGUGGAGCUGGAAGAAAUUCAUCCAGUGAAAGAGCACGUCAUCUAACAAUUUUGGAAGGCACUAAGCAGGAGAUGUUUAGUUCUCGAGGCGUUGAUUUUGGAAGGCUCCGGAGCUUUUUAACUUUUUCUGAAUUUGGAAUACUAGUUCCCCGAAAUCUGUUUUGCACUUUGAAGUGCGUGAGGACUCUGACUUUAAGUCAUUGUUGGCUACCUGAAAUUCCAGCAGAGAUAGGAAGCUUGAUUCAUCUUCGGCACUUGGACUUACGUCAUUGUGUGAUAGUUGAAAUCCCAGCAGAGAUAGGAAGGUUGAUUCAUCUUCGGCACUUGGACUUGAGUCAGAAUCGUUUCGUGGCACUGCCAGAAGCUAUAUGUGAUCUAUAUUAUCUGGAAAUUUUGGAUAUCAGUCUUUGUCAAAAUCUUUGCUACCUUCCUGAAAGGAUUGAAAGCCUUGUACACUUGAGGUACCUUUUUAAUUUUGGGACCUCUGAAUUAAACCAAAUUCCACAAGGACUCGGGAAGCUGACGUCACUUUGUAGUUUGACUCGGUUCGUCGUUAGGAGCAACUCUGAUGAUUUGACAAUUUUGAAGGACCUGAACCAACUGGAAAUAUUACACAUUGAAAUUGAAGGAGAAGUAGAUUUUGGGAGUGCGGAACUCGGAAAGAAGGUCAACAUGCGCGAAAUGUAUUUGCUCUUUAGCUUCGGGGCCCACUUUACGGAAACUCCAAGUUGCAUUGAAAGCAUAGAAUUGCCUCCAAACUUGCAACAACUUGUGCUAGAUAAGUAUCCAGGAACCCAGUUACCAAGUUGGCUUGUGACGAAGCCUCUCGUCAAUAACUUGACGAAGCUAAUUAUCAAUGAGGCCUACAAUAUCUCAUCCUUGCCUGCCUUGUGGAAGCUGUCGUCCCUAGAAGAACUUGGGCUCAUUGGAGUGAGAAAGCUAGAAUGUUUGGGCAAGGAAUUCUUCGGAAUUACAAAAGCAGUGCAUGCGAACAGUCGUGAUGCUCUUGGUACAUUGUCAAACUCCGAGACAUCAAUCUCAGCUGAAGCAGUGGCAUUUCGCAAUUUGAGAAAAUUACGUUUUCAUAACUUUUACAAUUGGACACGUUGGGAAGACUUAAGUGAAGAUGAUGAAGAAGUUGCUCUCUCUAUCAUGCCACGUUUGGAGGAGUUAGAUUUUUGGGGCUGUGGAAAGCUUGAAAUUCUACCACAUCGCAUCCUCGGAAGGAUAUCAUCUCUCAAAAAAUUGGAUAUUGGGCGUUGCUCCAAGUUGAGAGAUCAUUACUUUGACAAAACAAGAGAUGACUGGAAACAAAUAUCACACAUUCCUCAAGUUCAUAUAUCCAAUUAGUAUUAAUCAGAUAAUAUUCAUUGCUGGCUCAAAAUGAAGCUACAGCAAAAGGCAUUGGGGGAUCAACCUCUACGUCAACUUUUCACUUGGAUUCAUGCAAAAUUUCGAAUAAUUGUAAAAAUAUGGUUGAAGCGACACAUCCACUUGCUUUGUUCAAAAUCAUUUGUUGAAAGCGUCUGUAACCUUGUCAAUUUCCAGAUUGAAUUUCAAGUGGGUACACAACCAGUCUUUAUUUCUUCAAAUCAUUAUUGUCCUAUUGUAUGUAAGUUUGUGUACAUUUAAUAAAGAAGAAUGUGUGUACAUUG